CCAUGUAGGACCUGCUCCCCGGCCGCCGGCCGCGGCGACUUCCACCUGCGGCGCUGCCCUUGCUCCAGAGCCGCCGCCCUGGGGAGGCGGGAGGGCGGCUGAGUGGAGAGGGUGCGGGGCUCGGCAUCGUGGUCAGGCCUCACCACCUCCUGUCCCUGCUGUUCCCUGGUCUGCGGGUACCGCGACUCUCAGUACUUUGUGCUCAGCCCAGGCCCAGGGCCAUGGCUGUCUCCUCUUCCUCCUGGGAACUGCCCCUGGUGGCUGUGUGCCAGGUCACAUCAACGCCAGACAAGCAGCAGAACUUUAAAGCUUGUGCUGACCUGGUUCGAGAGGCUGCCAGACUGGGUGCUUGCCUGGCUUUCCUACCUGAGGCUUUUGACUUCAUUGCCCGGGACCCUGCAGAGACGCUGCGCCUGUCUGAGCCACUGGGCGGGGACCUUUUGGGAGAAUAUGCCCAGCUUGCCAGGGAAUGUGGACUCUGGCUGUCCUUGGGUGGUUUCCACGAACGUGGCCAAAACUGGGAGCAGACUCAGAAAAUCUACAAUUGUCAUGUGCUUCUGAACAGCAAGGGGUCCGUAGUGACCACUUACAGGAAGACGCAUCUGUGUGACGUGGAGAUUCCAGGGCAGGGGCCUAUGCAUGAAAGUAACUCUACCAUGCCUGGGCCCAGUCUGGAGUCACCUGUCAGCACACCAGCAGGCCAGCUCGGUCUGGCUAUCUGCUACGACAUGCGGUUCCCUGAACUCUCUCUGGCACUGGCUCAGGCUGGAGCAGAGAUACUUACAUAUCCUUCGGCUUUUGGAAGCGUAACAGGCCCAGCCCACUGGGAGGUGCUGCUGCGGGCCCGCGCCAUUGAGACCCAGUGCUAUGUAGUAGCUGCAGCCCAGUGUGGACGCCACCACGAGCAGAGAGCGAGUUAUGGCCACAGCAUGGUGGUGGACCCCUGGGGAACAGUGGUGGCCCGCUGCUCGGAGGGACCAGGCCUCUGCCUUGCCCGGAUUGACCUCAGUUACCUGCGACAGCUGCGCCAACAUCUGCCUGUGUUCCAGCACCGCAGGCCUGACCUCUAUGGCCACCUCGGUCACCCACUGUCUUAGGACUUCCGACUUCUGAGUUGAGACCCACUGUGAGCUGGUGUUGCUGUUACUUUGAGGCAGGACCAGGUGCACCUCCCCCUCCCUUGGGGAACCUUGACUGUUGAAAGAAUAUAUGCUUAGCUUCUUGGGAAAGAAGAAACUCACCUGAGCUCAGAUUUCAGUUUCAAAAAUGUGGAAUUUCAUAUACUGUUUAUUUCAUGAAAACUAAAGUUAUGCUGAGGGCUGAGCAGCACUGGCAUUGAGAAAAAUAUCAUAAA